UCAUUUUUAUUUAUUAUAUACGAUAGGAUUCUCAACCUUCUGUCACAAAUCUGUAUUUGAAUUUAGUGUUUUAUUUUAUGGUAGUUGGUAACGUUGAUCUCAUGAUGGAUGGUUGGGUUGGUAACAUACCUAACCUAUAAUCUAUACAUGACAAGCCCGCGUUUUUUUCAUUUUCCCGCUAACUGCAAUUCUUUAGCUGUGAAUCAAUUAUUUACUCUGUUAUCUCAAAUUCAAGAUAAAUCUAACCUCAAAUACAAUUCAUUGGCCUUUUUUUUGUAAGUACUUCAUUUCCACACGUAAGUAGAGUAUACUAUUACAAAAUGAAUCGUACAAAUGAUAUUCAAAAAUAUUAUAUGCGUGCUAAGAGACAGAAAGUUUCAACUUCUCGGUGCACGUUAAGUUCACAUCAAAAAGAGGAUUCCUUAAUUAAUAUAGAUGAGAUGGUAAUGGAUCAUUUAGAUCAAGCUGUAUCUGAUUACGAUGAUGUAGCUGCUCUGCCAAUAAAUGGAAGAUAAAUCGUGGACAGUGGUGUUAUUUGACGAUGCAACUGUCGAAGCAAUCCCUUCACAUUGGAUUAUAGGAGAUUUGUGCCACUGGCCACCAUACCCAACAAGCAAACUAUCCGACUCUAUAAAAAAUGGCGAUCCAUUAAACACCUGUUGGCCAACGCUUCACGUGAAAAUUUUCCGGGACGGCACAUUCCAUGAUUAUGGGAUAGCUAGACAAAAGGCAAAGGUUGCUGAGAACACCAGCGACUUAAAUACAGACACAGAAGACUGUAACAAACGAAAAAGGAAAAAAAAAAUAAUUUCCAGUAGUGAAUCUGAAAGCAGCGACACAAUGCUACCAUCACCUCCAAAACUAAAAAAUCCAAAACAGAAAGAUCACUCAAGAAACAGUGAGAUACUAAGAAAGGGCAAUCAACAGCGAAAACGUCCAAAUAACACAAGGAAUGGGGAAAGUAUCCAAAUAGCACCAAAACCAUAUGAAAGUACAAUAGUUAUAGAUCCUGAGGUCUCUAUUGUUGAAAAUGAAAAUUACGGAUGUAAAUUGAAUGUUGAAAAGGAUAAAUACCUGAAAUCUAUUGCUGAACAAGUGCAUAUUAAUCGUGCAAUAUGUAUGGAUAUAUUAAGUGAAGUAAAAGAAAUAAAGCAAUACAUCAGAACGAGAAACGUGCAAAAUCCAGAAGAAAUAACUUUUGCCAAGAAAUUUACAAACAUUGUAUUUCCGAUAAUAUCGGGAGAACAAUUUGAUACCUUGGACGCUAUUCUGGAGAAUGAAGAAGACUUAGACUUACUGGUUACAGAUUUUGCGAAAAUUGGAGGUAGCAGUUCGUAUAAUUUUGUGAAACGAGUACUAUUAGCUUGAGUAACGAUAUGGCGUUACAGUACAGCUGGUUAGGAAGAAAAGGAAAAAAACCUUUUAGUAACUUGAAAAUCGCAAAAGUUAUUAUAUAUGCCGCAGAAAAGGCCGGUAUUGUGAAAAAUAGAAGUGAAGCAGAGGUGGGAAUCCAAACUUGGUUAAAGCGGGCUAGUGACAGACGUGCAAGUUUAUUAAACAAAAAAACUGCUUAACGAUACAUGUUUUUACUUAUACCGCAGAACACCUUAAUCUGUGCUUUACUAAAAUUUUAAAUAUGUACAAUUUUGACAUUUCAUUGUAUUCAUUAACCUUUUCAGAGCAAAACAGUAUUUUA